AUGAGCGGCUUCUUUUGUCCAAAAUGGUGCGAGGAGUGGGUAGUCCUUUACGAGGACUCGACGUUAGCCUGGUACUCAGAUAAAGGCUUAAACAGGCCGAAAGGCUGCGUUCGUAUUAGUGACGCACCGGAAUUAUUAGCUGUAGGCGAAUGGACCAGACAAGUGCCACGAAGGCCGAAAUUUCCACAUGCUUGCCAUAUGGGUCAGUUGCUAGCGAUUGGCAGCAGGAAACUACAUGACGUUCACUGGCUCAUGGCGAAAUCACCAGCGGAAAUUAAUGACUGGAUGACGGCAAUCAGCAAUACGUUGCCGCCCCCUCCACACCUGCCUCUAAAUGACAAAAGAUUAUCGCUUACCCCGCAGCAGAAACAGGACAUUGUCGUUAGUAAACAAUGCCAAUGCAACGGUGUGUCUUCAAUCGCGAACGGAAACAGCAUCCAGCAACAGACCAUCAACUCACCACUUCAGAAAAACUACGAAGCUGACCAUACUGUUCUGGCUGGCGUGUGCAUCGACUGGGGCCAUGGUUGGGGCUGGGGGCAGAACGCCAAUUGGGGACCACAAGCUUUAUUCGGUCACGAGGAAACAUUGACCGUUAGCCAAAUUUUACCUGCCGCAUCCAUCUCUUACUGUCAUUCGGCAGAAGAUUAUACGGUUUCGGGUAUGGACGAGGUGGAUUGGUGUGCAUUCGGAGAUUUUAGUUUUUAAGUAUUAACAGCUGAACCCAAAUCGGCAGUACCCAAUAUUUUUGCAAGAGUCCGCAAAUAUUCUUCCCAGUCUCUUCUUCACCAAGAACCGGCAAUUUGGUGAACAAAAAUACAUUAUAAGUGAAGUAUUAGUUACUUUAUUGUGCCAAAAAUUUAUUGUAUCGAUAUAUUUGUACACACUAUACACUACAACUGUAUUAAAUGUAAUUAAUAUAUGACACGUUUUUGGCACAGGCGUACCAAAAAAUUGUUUCAGGCCUACUUUGGUUUUGUAGAAAAUUUAAAAACCUGAAAUUCAAAACUACCAAAAUAUUCUCACAAUUUUUAUUGCUGAAAAACGGAUUUCAGUGUAUAUUACAUUAAAUUAGUUAGCAUAUAUAUAAAAAUACAAAACGACCAGUAAUUUCCAAUAAGCACGAUAAUUUUAGCAAAAUUUAUUUCAAACCUAUUCUAUGGAAUUUUUUGGAUGAAUGUAUUAUUUUACGGAUACUAGUUUUCUCCUUUUUGCAGUUAAUUUUAUCACUGUCGUAUAAAAAUUUAAUUAGCUGGUAAGACAUUGCAACUGGUAUCGAAAUAUUCCGUGCUAUUUUUGUCCAUGCAAGGGGUCAAUAAAUAUACCCAAAUCGGCCUAGAGAAGAAACUUAUAGAUAUCCCAGCCUUUUAAACACAAGAAAGGGAGCAAUACCAACCAAUUAUAGAAGAACAUAUCUUAAUUUAUAGUCGAGUAAGGCAAGAUGAUAAAGGCAUACAAGGACUUGACAACUUGCCAUCAAAGAUACAAAAAUCAGGUACCAAAAUGUUAAUAAAUAUUGAAAGUGAUCACCUUAGUCAAAAUAAGAAUAGUAAGAGAAGAUUUAAAAAUUAUCUAAGUAUACAACUCACAAAAUUAUAACCAUAACCGAUCAAGUAUAUGAAGAACCACAACCUGGUCUAUUGACCAGGUUAGAGAAGAUAGUAUGACACAUAAGCAAUCUCAUACCACUCAUACACCAAAAAGCUAAUAGUUAACAAAUUUUUAUAUUCUUUUUCUCAUAGGCAUCUUUCAGUGCUUCACAGUUUUUCGAUUUCUUUCUAACGCAUUAAAUUGUAUGUGACAGAAAAAAGGCACGUCUGUGAUUACAGACAUUUAUAACAUUUAUUCUAGUUGUCGAUAAAUGGCGCUAUAAUCAAAAAAAAUAUUUACGAAUUAUAUAAUAUAUCUACGAAUAUAAUCUGUACAAUAAUUUAUAAGACUAUACAGAUCAAAGAAAAUACCAUUUUAUAAAUGCAAUAAACACAAUUGAUUUGUUUUUAUACCAAAUUGCAAAUAAAAUGUGACAACUGUCAGAUUUAACUAAAAUGUCAUGUUAGAAUAAAUGUUAUUAAUUUAUAUUAUCACGAACUUACCUUCUUUUCUAUCAUUUGUGACGUACUGAAAAAUGCACAUGAAAAGGACCACACCUGUUACGAACUCAGACUAAAUAAUAUGCUUUUUAACUAUAGAGCACAAAAGUGUACAAUCAUGCAAUGUCAAAACUGUAACACUGAUAGAACCAACAUGACAGGAAAAUUACUAAUUUCGGAAUAGGCACAAUAUUUUUUGAGAUCUUGGAGAGGAUAAAAAAGCAAAUAACACCAAGAUAUCCUGUAAAAACUCAUAGGUUUAAACAGAAAGUUAAGAUUAGAAGUGAAAAAAUAAGAAAGUCUCUUUGCAAUGUAGAAGAACACAAGUAUAACAGGAAUACAAAUUUUACAAUAGAAUUAUUUACAAUAGAAUUAAAAGAGGUAUUGGGAGUGAGAGUAUGUAAACAGAAAUAAAUUUAGAAAAUAUCCAGAAGACAAUACAAAGAGAUAAAAAACUUAUAAAAAUGGAACAUAUUUAAAAGAAACAAAAAUGAAUUGCUUACAAUUCUUAUUUCAUACAUGCGAAGAGGAAAGGAUACACGAAAAGACUUAGGGAAUAAUUUAAAACAAUCUUAGACCAAAAUAGAAUAUUAUAAAAAUCGACAUGCAGUAGUGUGUUGAAUCUUACAGCAAAAGUGACAAGAAAUAAACUGAAUAAACAUAUAACAUUACCGACAAAUAGCAAGCUUUUAGACCAAGAUCAUGUAUUAUUGCAAUAUUUAUAGCAAUACAAUAAUUGAAAGAGAAAGACCUGGAACACCAUAUACUAGCAUAUCUAUAUUUUGUAAAUAUAAAUAAGUUUUUUACAGGUUUUUAUUGCACUGGAAUAAAGAGGAAGAUUGUUUGAGUUCACUACUUUUCAACAUGAUAAUAAAGGAAAUAAUCAAGAAAGCACAAAUAAAAGGGCAUCAAAGGGGAAGAAAAUAACUUAGCAUAAGAUGCUAUAAAUAGUGCGAUAAUAAUGGCACAAAGUGAAGAAGACUUACAGAGCACACUUUACGAAAUUAAUAUGAGAAAAGCUGAAAAUCUUUAGAAAAAUUGAUGAAGUAGCACUACUAAACCAAAAAAAAGUUUUUUACAAAUCUUUACUACACUUGGAUAAAGAAGAGAGUUGCUUGAGUUCACUACUUUCUAACAUGAUACUAAAUAGAAUUAUCAAGAAAGUACAAAAAAAGGACACCACAUGGUAAGAAAAUAAACCUAGCAUAAGAUACUAUGUAGAUGUCGCGAUAAUAAUUGCACAAAAUAAAGAUGACUUACAGAGAAUUUUUUAUGAGGUUAAUAUGGUAAAUGCUGGAAGUCCUUAUAAAAAUUGAUAAAACAACACUUAGCGAUAGGUCCCGAAGCACAGAUACAAGACAUUCUUGUCAUUUAAUUGACAGUUGAAUAAGGUUGGACGUAUUAUCUUUUUAUUAAACUACUUAGUUUGCAUUAUUUCCAGUAAGAAAGAGAAACAGUAUCAAUUAAAAUAUAUACUUUAAAUGUCCUUGUAUGUAUUAAAAACCAUACAUACAAAAAUUCUCUACAAAACUAGUAACAAAGAAUGGCGAUAAUACCAGAUAUUUUUAUUAAUUUUAUUAACAAUUUUAUAAACGAUAUGUACUGUUAUGUAAACGUUAUUGUAAAGAAUUAGAAUAUAUGGA